AUUAUCCAAAAACGACAUGGAUAUCGCUCGACCCUCAUGCUAUGAGACAGUCCGAAAUGACGAUGAUAAGAAGUCAUCCGACGCUGAUAUUUACAAUACGUCAGUUAAAUUGGAAGACCCUUCUGCUCCUAGUCAUGAUGAGCAAUGGACAUACAAUUUCUUUAUUACACCGCUUAAUCUUAACAUCUCGCCAACGGAUUUCAAAAUUCCCAAUGACAAAUCGGUGAAGUAUACUGUGAAGUGUGAGGCAAAGAUAAAACAAGAUUUGAUAGUUCAAGUUCACUCACUUUUCUUCGAAAUUGUUGGUGCAAGAUGCAAGCGUGGAGUCACUUCUCAAGAAUUUCAUAUUCUUUCUGAAAAUGAGACAAUGACUUUUGAAGUUGGUAUGAAGGAUUUGAAUAACGUGUCAUACGAAAACUAUCAAGCUGCGAAUCUCUUGUCACCUGCCGGUUUUAUCACUUUCACACAUUUCAAAUCGCUUCGAAAGGAUGAUGCAUCAUGGGGUGUUAAGGAUCCGAAGAAACUGAUGAAAGUUGUCACAAAAGGUGAUGGUGGACGUUAUAACUUGGAGAAACUUCUUGUGGAAACCGAAACCGAUUCGAUUAAAAAGAUUUCAGAGGAUUUUGCAAUGAUCUUGCAGCAGGGAAUGGAUGAUAAACGUACAAAGGAACAGGAGAUGAAAAUGGGUAAUAUGGAAAUGUUUGCAACUGAAGAAUAUGUUGAAAAAUGGAAGAAAGAUAAGAAAGCGAUUGAAAUUGCUCAGAAGAAUCAAAGAGAGUGGAAUGAUAAAAAAUUGGAGAAACCAGGCAUGCAGAAGAAGAAGGAGAAGAAGUGCAAUAUUAUGUAAUACCUCUGUUUCCAAAUAAAUUCAUGUUUGAA